CCUACAUGUAGCGCCAGGCCCCCUUAUCUUCUACAAGCGAGGACGAAUACGUUGAGAAAUUCGUAAAUUUUCUUUCUCCUCGUCGGGAGACGCGCAAAUUCAUAUCUAUUCCGCCCUCCUAUAUCCCCAAGAAUUUGACAUCACCAAAGGGCUGCAGGAACAUAAACAGUCGCAAUGAGUGCAGCGUGGCUCACUCCACCAGUUCAAUUGACUGGCAUGCGCAUGUUCGAAUGCGGCGAUCUGACGGCUGAACAGUGCAGCUACUACAAGGAACGAUGGCACUUUUGGUACAUUGCCGACUACGUGUUUGCUCUCCCGACUGUAGCAUUUUUCAUGAGCGCCAUUGGGAUUUUCAUCAUAGGCUACGGUGCUUCUCUGCUUCUCCACAUCACUCGCGUUUCGGAAAAAGCAUUCGUCGGAAGAAGACUUGUUGCAGCUGUUCGCUACCUGUCUUAUCGUGGCUUUCACAUUCGAAAGCUGAAUUGGAAUUCAGCCCCAGUCGGCGUGCUAUCUCUGGGGUUCGCGGGCACGAUUUUCUUUUUCUGUAUGGAUUUGGCUCCAAAGCCGUACUAUUGGUCUGACGAAAUCUACGGCGGCUCGCCUCCUCUGGCAACGAGAUCGGGAUGGAUGGCGCUCGGUUGCAUGCCUUUUGUCUUCGCUACGGCAAGUAAGACGAACUGGAUCACGCUAUGUACAGGAGUAUCCCACGAAAGACUCCAGGUCUUUCAUCGAUGGAUAGCUUAUGCGUUUUUUAUUCUUGCGCUAUUGCAUACAUUUCCGUUCAUUGUGUACCACAUUCACUGGCAUGAUAUGGAGGCACAUUUCUCUGAGAGUUUACUCUUCUACUGGACCGGAAUUGUCGCCAUCAUCUUUCAAGCGUGGCUCACUUUUGCGUCUCACAGUACCAUUCGGAAGCUAGGAUAUGAAUUCUUCAAAUUGACACAUUUCUUAGCUGUGGUUGUGUUCGUGGUCACAUUCUUCUGGCAUUGUGAUUAUACCUUAACAUCAUGGCACUACUUCAUAGCUACAGCCGCCAUAUAUGUACCCUGCUACGUCUAUCCCUGGAUACGAACCGGUUUUCAAUAUGGGAUGAUCCAGCAAGCUCAGAUUGCCGUGGAAGAUAAUGGCUUUACACGAAUCAAGAUACCGGCGAAAUUCACUUGGAAGCCUGGACAGCAUUGUUUUCUACGAUUCACCAGCUUUGGUCUCGCGGCUGCACUGUCGAGUCAUCCAUUUACGAUAUGCUCGUCACCUCCUUUCACAUCCGACGAGAAGCCAGAACUCGUCUUCUACAUUCGCCAUCAACGAGGCUUCACUGAGAAGCUAUAUAGGCAUGCACUUGAAAACCCAAACAACAGCGUUCCAGUUCUCGUCGACGGACCGUACGGAGGAAUAAAUGCAGGCACCUAUCAUGAAGCUGAUCACCACUUGGUCAUAGCUGGAGGGUCGGGAGCCGGUUGGUGUUUGCCUUUCAUUGAACAUUUCCUGAGAUCUAGCUUUUCGGUAGGAGAUGAAGAACAUGCAAACGAAUUGCCUCAUGUGGGUACAAAGGAGGCAAUUUCCGUGAUUCACGAGAAAGGCCAGGUUCUUGGAAAAGCCGUCACGCUUCGAGUAAUUCUUGCUACUCGGGAUGUCAGCAGCCGUCUGUGGUUUUUGAGCACUGUAGAGGCAUUGUUUUCAAAAUAUGGUGCCACGAAUUCAGCGUCACAUAUUUCUGUUCAAGUAUACCUGACAGGGACUGCGGCAGAUGAAGCGAUCCCAACCAAAGAGGUGUCAAAGGAUUCCGAAAGCUGUUCCCAAGGAUCAAACUCACCAGCUGACAGAAUUAAUGUGCCUGUUGUUGGGCAGCAAGCAAUUACUCUUGGAGCCGAGACGAAGGGACGACCUCCCCUGCGAACUAUUAUCCAUGAGGAGGCAUGUAAAGCGGCCAAGGCCCGAGAAUCGCUCAAUGUCUUCGUUUGCGGGCCUACUACAAUGCAGAAUGAUGUUCGUAAUGCUGUAGCCUACGAGAACCUUGAAAUAAUCAAGGGCUCGAAGGCCAAGGCCGUUUACUUACAUUCUGAGCACUUCUCGUGGGCAUAAGUGCUGGCGUUUGAGAUCGAGUGUCUUGCCAUGUGGCUGUCCAUAAGAUAGAAGGAUGAAGAUGCAAAGAGAAUGCAACUGAUGGAUUUAAACGCCCGAACUAUCAUCGUGACUUACCCUGAACAUGGAUCAAAAGGUUCUAGAUAGAUGGCCGGCGAAGAAUGGCAGCGUUCUACAUUCUUUGAUACUCAAGUCUUCGGGCUAACCAACAACCGAU